AUGCUCCAGUUCUACAACUUGAGUCGCCAGGAGUUCAUCAACACCUACAACAUCCAGCCGCUCGUCUACAUCCCCGAGCUGCCCUACAGCGCCAAGACCACCUUCGUGAUCAUGUACGUGGUGAUCUUCGUCCUGGCUCUGGCUGGGAACAGUCUGGUCAUCUACAUAGUAGUGAAGAAGCGCGCGAUCCAGACGGCGACGGACAUCUUCAUCUGCUCGCUGGCCGUCAGCGACCUGCUCAUCACUUUCUUCUGCAUCCCGUUCACGCUGCUGCAGAACAUCUCGUCCGAGUGGUUCGGGGGAGUUCUGGUUUGCAAGACGGUUCCCUUUGUGCAGACCACAGCCAUAGUGACAGGCAUCCUCACAAUGACCUGCAUAGCCAUCGAGAGAUACCAGGGCAUUGUGUUCCCGCUGAGAAUGAGGCGGCAGUACUCGUCCCAGAGAGCGUUCAAGAUGCUCGGGCUUGUAUGGAUCGCCUCGGUGAUAGUGGGUUCGCCGAUGCUAUUUGUGCAGCAGCUAAAGGUGAAGUACGACUUCCUGUAUGAUCACUACCACGUGUGCUGCCAGGAGAGCUGGACGUCUGUCACCCACCGGCAGGUUUACACCACCUUCAUCAUGGUGGCCCUUUUCCUGCUGCCUCUGGCCGCCAUGCUGUUCCUCUACACGCGCAUCGGCAUCGAGCUGUGGAUCCGCAAGCGGGUCGGCGACACCUCAGUCCUCAACACCAUGAACCACAGGGAGAUCAACAAGAUCUCAAGGAAAAAGAAGAGAGCCGUCAAAAUGAUGAUCACCAUCGUGCUGCUCUUCACCAUUUGCUGGGCACCGUUCCACACAGUCCACAUGCUGUUUGAGUACUAUGACCUGGAGAAGAAAUACGACGGAGUCACGCUCAACAUGAUCGUCGCCAUCGUUCAGGCCAUCGGGUUCUUCAACAGCUUCAACAACCCCAUCGUCUACGCCUUCAUGAACGAGAACUUCAAGAAGAGCUGCGUGUCCACCCUCUCCCACUGCGUCCGGAAGCCCAACCAGCAGGUGGACGCCGUGGUGGCGCCCAGACUGAGCGUGCAGUUCAUCAAACCCCAAAGCAGAGAGGCCUUCAUCAAACCGGACGACGGCAGCAGCAUGGAGCCGCACUCGGCGGAGAAAGGCCCUUCGACGUCAUCGCAAGGGGAGCGCUCGCUGGAAAUGAUCGGAGAGAAAAUCUCCACCAUCCAGACGGAGCUGCCGGCAAACAGCUCCUCUCAAGUCAAAUGA